GCCAUCCUGUUGCGACAAGUAACUGUCAAAAAAGGGCGACAAACGGCGACCUGACCUCAUGUCCAUGGAUGUUUUUCCACACAGUACAGCGAUUUAAACGGGGAAAAGUGGACACUGCUUUUGUUAUGAAGACAUCAGCUUGACGGCGCCGGAGGAAUAGAAAUGUUUUCGCGUUUUUCUGCCCUGCUGCUGAGCGGAAGAGGAGCUGCCAAAAGGUUUGCGUCUUCACUGGCAGGUGAAAACAAUCUUCCUCGUAACUUGCUGCUGCCUUCCAACCUGGUGGAUCCUUCCAGAACAAAGCGUCCACCUCCCCCAGCAGACUCCCCCCUACCUCUUCUGCGGUCAUGUGAUGCAGACAUUCCCGCCCACUUGACCCCCGUGCGAAUGUGGGUGGACUCUCUGGACAGGCGGGACAGUGAGCCGCUGGGUGUGGCUGAGCUGCACCCUGACGUCUUCGCCGUUCCUCCCAGACUUGACAUCAUCCACAGUGUUGAAAUGUGGCAGAGAAGUUACAAACGCGUCAGCUAUGCCAACACAAAGGUGAGGUCAGAGGUGAGAGGGGGCGGUCGCAAACCGUGGAACCAGAAAGGAAGCGGGCGAGCUCGCCACGGCAGCAUCCGAUCACCAUUAUGGAGAGGAGGGGGCGUGGCUCACGGACCCCGUGGGCCCACCAGCUACUACUACAUGCUGCCCAUGAAGGUCCGCGUGCUGGGACUCAAAGUGGCGCUGAGCUCCAAAAUCGCCCAGGGUUACCUGCACAUUGUGGACUCUCUGAAUAUCCACAGUCCAGAUUCGCAGGACCUGCUGGACGCCAUCAGACACAAAGCAUGGGGGGGGUCUGUGUUGGUAGUGGACAUAGGUGAAGACUUUCCUGCCAACAUCCUCGAGGCCACGGCCACGCUCAAGACAGUCAACCUCAUUCCAGCCAUCGGUAAAUAACAUUUAUCAUUGCGUAUUAUAUCAUUUUUAUUAUGUUUUUUUUCAUUAAUUAUCCUCGUUUAAUAUUACUACCGCAUCCAAACUCAUAUUUAGAUACAUACGCAUAUACAGUAUGUAUAUAUGUAUACACGUACAUGUAGUACCUAUAUCAUUGGUAAUAUUACCUUUUGUUGGAGUUAUGAACAAAUCGACUUGCGAACGGUCGUCUGGAACCAAUUGUGUUCAUUGGUUGGGGACUUAGUGUACUAAGUAUGUGCAACACAACCAAGGACUAAGUAUAUGCAGCAUAGUGUAUUUGGUAGUAUGCACCACAUAGUGCACGCUAUUACCAAGCACUCAUUCUGUAGUGUGCACCACAUGUUAUGCACUGUAUACUACCAAGUGAGUAGUGUGCACUAUAUAGUAUGUAUUAUGUACUGUACAUAGGAAGCAUAAAGUAGUACCACAUAGUAUGCUCUGUAUACUACCAAGUGUGUAGUAUGCACUUUAUACUACGUAUGUAGAUAGGAAGUAUAAAGUACCACAUACGUGCUGCUACAAAGCACGCAUUCUGUAGUGUGCACCACAUAGUAUGCACUAUACGGUAAUCCGUCGUUUAUCACUGUUAAUUGUUUCCAGACCCAACCGCAAUGCGUCAAUUUCCGCAAAGUAGGAUUCAAUAUUAAUAAAUGGAAUAUUUUUGUAGUUAUGGCAUAGAAAACUUGUUUGCGAUCUUCUAAAUAUGUUUUUAACAUUAUGAGAGCCCUCUAGACAUAAAAUAACAUGCCUAUAGUCACCUUUUAGAUUUGUAUUACCCAAUAUAGUAGAUAAAAUUAUAGAAAAGGAGACAUAUUUGACAUGAAUAAAAUAGACUCACAUAUCGGCAGUUCCAUGUUUUUUUUUUUUUCUAGACAGUGUACUUACUGCGGUGGCUAUUGUCUCAUCAAUGUAUUCUAAUGGUGGCUUUAAAUGGCUUUCCACUCGUAUUAUCCAAUAUAGUAGACAUAAUAAGAGUAUAUAAGCCAUUUAAGAUUCAAAUAAAACACCUACUCGUGUGUGUCACAGUAAAUGUGUUCCCUGGGGGACCUUAGUGGCGUGCAGACAGAUGUGUUGUGGACAGGAAGCGAUGUGAGAGCUUCAGAGUUGAGUUUUAGCUUGUGGGUUAUGGCCCAACAAUAGCCCAUGUUGUUGUUAUGGUUAUUAUGUUACUAUUAUUGUGCCUGUUGUGAGAUCAUUUAAACCUGCAAUAAAUGCCUGUUCUGACCACGUUUGGUGCCUUUUUCAUCAAUUGACACCUAGUGGCCAAUGUAGAAUACUACAUUCACAAUUAGAACGUGUCUUCUGCCUUGUAUUUUAGUUCAUUUAGCCAUUUUUAUGCUUUAAAAUGCUUGGGCCAAAAUUAGAAAUGAUUUAGGCCAAGAAUCAGUUUUGUUAAUUUUUUUUUUUUUUUUUACUAAUACACUGUAUUCAAUCACAAAACAGCGAUCAUUUACUAAUUUUUGAAAACCGUGAUAGUGCACGCGAUGUUUUAAUUGUGAUGUUGGAACCAUUAUGUAGCGAGGGACGACUUUACUGCCAAAUGUGUAGUUACAAGUACAUUACACGUGAUUUAGUGCACUACAUUAAGGCUGUCUUACAAUUUUUAGUCGACAAUUCGAUUCAGAGCAGUCUGAUUUGACUAUCAGUGUCAUCGUCAAAUUGUAUUGUACUGAUGGCUGUACAGUAUUGUGUAGUUCUGAGCAGCUGUUCAGGGUGUGGGCUAAAAAUGGAUACAAAUUCAUUUGAAAUGUUAAGUAUUUUGAAAAGGUUAAGAUGAGUCCACGAAAGUGAAGUGCGACUUGUCUACAGCUUCUUACGUACACUCCUGAUCAAAAUCUUAAGACCAGUUGAAAAAUUGCUAACACUUGACUUUUUUGUUCCAUAAUGCU